AGCAGGACCUGGAAAACAAAAGGUUUGACCCAGCGAGGUCAUGCUCGGAGAAUAAUGAGCGCGGUAUGAAAGCAUGGUGCGGGCUCGUAAAAGCACGGGCAAUAAAAUUACCCAAGGUGCCCAUCUGGUUGGGGCGUGAAUCGGAGGCGUGGUGGAAAGUCUCGCGGUGCCGGGAUUGGUUAACGUUGAGCACCAGUGUAUUCAAGAAUCAAGAUCUGAUCUCCCCUCGGUCGGUUUCCUCGUGCCGAUCGUACCCCAACCAGAGUAUCGCCAGACAGGCAAAACUUACCUGAUGUAACUGGUGGGAGUUGCCUAGCCGCUAGUUACCCCAACACUACCAUCCCCAGGACGUUUAGUUGGGAUCGGCACGCCGAUCGGUGGAGAUCUAUCUCUUAUUAAGUCUGUGAAUGUCGAAGUAAGUGUAUUCAUAGCCUUCCUCCUAUGUCACGUCAGAUAAGGUCAAGUCUGUUACAAAGAGAAAUCGAGAAAGGAAUGAAUCAAUGGUCUCAAUCAAUAACCUACCACCCGGGCGAACUCGUCGCGUUUCAAACUUGCAAUGGAUACAUGGUUUGUGCUUGCUUACAUAUUUCUUUUAUGUGAACGUCUGGUGAAUCGCGGGACUAAGUAGGAUAAGUAGAACGGCAGAUUUAUGCGAAGGAUGGAGAGUCGACGAUGUCAUCUUUACGGACAACUAUGUGAAAUGCGCUAGUGAAGUUUAUCAUCAUUCGGUGCCGGAACGAACUUAUCCGGACUACCUCGCGGUGGCUCGGCUUGGCUGAGAUGGUUACCACCAACUUCUCGAUGAUGCGACCAUGUUUCACUGGAUAUUCUCUUCAAGACUUAGGAUCGAUACCGGGCCAGGGCCGCGUGAAUCAGCUCGGUGGUGUCUUCAUUAACGGACGACCGCUACCUAAUCAUGUUCGGCUCAAGAUUGUCGAGAUGGCAGCGUCGGGGGUCAGACCUUGCGUUAUAUCGAGACAAUUGAGGGUAUCCCACGGAUGCGUGUCGAAGAUUCUAAACCGUUAUCAGGAGACUGGUAGCAUCAGGCCCGGUGUCAUCGGAGGGAGCAAGCCUCGCGUGGCUACGCCAGAGGUGGAGGCGAGGAUUGAAGAGUACAAGCGUGACAACCCGGGUAUGUUUUCGUGGGAAAUUAGAGAUCGGCUUAUCAAGGAGGGUAUCUGUGACCGGACCAGCGCGCCGAGUGUGUCCGCGAUUUCUCGGCUACUCAGGGGUCGCGAUCCGGAAGACGACGUCAAACUUGGCGACGGCAAAACGAGUUCCGGAUCCGACUGCGACAGCGAACCGGGGAUUCCCUUGAAAAGAAAACAGCGCCGGAGUAGAACGACCUUCACGGCUCAUCAGCUGGACGAGCUGGAACGAGCCUUCGAGAGAACUCAGUAUCCUGACAUUUACACUAGAGAGGAACUCGCUCAGAGAACAAAGCUGUCAGAGGCUAGAAUUCAAGUGUGGUUCAGCAACAGGAGAGCUAGAUUGAGGAAACAUCUUUCCUCGGCCUCUGGAUAUGCUGCUUCCGUAGCAUAUCCGACCCCCCCGUAUGUCAUUCACUCGUCGGCACCGCCGCAUCCGCAUCCUGGAGCCACGGUGCCACCGGGUCAUCCUCAUGGUCAGGGUCUGUCAGACGCGGCGUUCGCCUCCGGUCAAGAAUUGUACUCGUCCCAUCACGCACCAAUGUCCCACCAAUUGGCGACAGAUUCCGCGCGGCUAUCUUCAUCCAUCGGAUCCGCACCUACUUACAGUUUCCCGACCGCGGUUACUUAUCCUAGCGCGAUGCUUUCGUCGACCACGUCGACGACCACUCACAUGACUCACCAGGCGACCUCGACAUCGUCCAGCUACCAGCAAACGGUGAGCGGCCACCAGCUGCCGCCGCCGAGUCCCCUGAUCACCAUGAUGGGACCGAAUUCUGGCAACUCAAACUCCGCUUCCGAUCAAUUGACCGCGACGGAUCUUCCGAUCAGUUCGGUUUCGCCCGCUCAGCAGCAACAGCAGCAACAACAGCAGCAGCAGCAGCAGCAACAGACCAGUCACGGAGCGACGUCGACGUCGUGGAAUCUCGCGAUCACCGCCAACAGCGGUAGAGUCAAUCUCCCGAGUCCGCCGUCUAGUUUACAGCAGCCUCCUCACACUUAUGGCGCUCAUCCACACCAGGUAGGUACUUUCGCCAGUCAUUAUACCGCGCAGAAUUUCCAACCGCCCAGACCGACGCCGCAAUACUGGUACUAAGAAGUGUGAUCUUAUAAUUAAGAGAUUAAUAAGGCUCUCGUAUGAAAACACGAAUUCUAGAUUUUGCGGGCUAAUAAGAGCCAGACGCAGGAUGCUAGGUGCGUCAGUUUCAAAGAACAUUAAUUCACACCUUUGUGUGUGUGUGUGUGUGUGUGUGUGUGUGUAUAUAUAUAUAUAUAUAUAUGUGUGUGUGUGUGUGUGUGCCAUACAAAAAUCAAUAUUCCGUAAUUUGUACCCUACGGUAUUUAUUGUUUAAUGGCACACACCUUAACUCUACAGUCGUCGCGUGAGGUCUUUAAUAGACUGAUAUUUAUUAAAACACAUUUUUUCGUAAAAAAAAAUACAAACAUUCUUUGACCUUCUUUUCGAUUGACCUUCUUUCCAGCAAACUUUGAACUUUGUCGCUUCAGUUCAUUUGUUCAAUUCUUUUUAAUUUGAUUUAUUUUGAUUAUCUUAACAAAAAUAUUAUUUGCAAAACAAUAUUUUCUUAUUUCUCGAAAACGCAAUUAAACAAAGAAAAUAUUUGAGUUCUCGACGUAAAAGAUAUAAAUUGAUCUUUUUAUAUUGAGGUCUCUUAUACGAGGCUCGACUCGUGUUACGAAAAAUAGCGCGACGACUAAAGGGUUAAGCAGGCGCUGGUGGAAAUAACAAAAUAAGGUUCGAUUUGUUAUAGUCAAUGAACGCAAUAUCUUUACGCGUGAAAAACAACAAAGAAUGCUCUUAAUACUGCCCGAAAGUACAGCAGGAAAUUAUACAAAAUGAUCAUAAGGGAUUAAUAUAAUUAAAGAAAGUCGCAAGAGGAAAAUGGCAAAGUUUAUAUCGAGAUUAAUAUUAUUUAAAGAUAAUCGACACAAUUUCUCUGAAUUUCAACUCCGAUUAUAAUAAUCGUGAUCUUAUAUAAUUCACACAUAAAAUUCUACACAGAUAUAUAUAAAAAAAAAAAUUCAAAA